CAGCACGCUGCACCCCGAUGCCGUUUCAUCAGCACGCUGUGGAUUUGCACCCGCUUACCGCCUGCCUGCCUCCUCCCACGCGCGGCGGACUUUUGAUUGUUGACGCAUCUCCAAUGUUCGGACCCGGGCUGGCGUGGGAAAGAGAGGCACGUCCCAAGUGUCAAAUGCGAGCCGUCCUGUCCAUGCGCCUCCUCAGUGUUUUGCCUCCGGUGGCACCCCAAAUGCGCGAUACCCAUACGGUUCACCCCUCUGCUCCUUCCCACUGCGCUCUUCUCCCGUAAAAAGGAAAAAAAAAAAAAUAAUGGAAAGGUUCCAGUCUUCCAUGCGCAAGCGCCUGUACAGCUUGCCGCAAAACAUCGGGCAAAGACCUUUUGCGGGGAACGAAGGAGACAGCGGCGACAAGGACACAAAGAGGAAAAGUAUUUUGCUGAGACAUUUGUCCUCUCCGUCUCCCGCAAGCAGUUGCAGGAGCAUCGAGGAGGCCAGCAGGGACGCCGCCAGGAAGAGCAACUCGAACGGGGACUGUCGCCGUUUCAGGGGCAGCAUCUCGUCCGUCGGCGGGCGUCGUCCUGCCGGCUCAGAUCCGGCGGAGCAGCGCUGCCUCAUCCCGGAGGCGGACGCCGGUGUCGGGGAGCGUUCCCCCGGCGAGCCCGGUCCGGCGGCGGGCGGUCUGAGCGGCGCGGCCGGCGGCCGAGCGUCGGUGUCGGAGCAGACGACGUUCAUCAAGUUGGAAGGUGCCGAGGAUGAGCGGCUCGACCAAGCCGGAUUCAUGCAUCGGCAGUUCGGCGCGAUGCUCCAGCCGGGAGUCAACAAGUUCUCUCUGCGGAUGUUGGGGAGCGAGAGGGCCGUGGAGCACGAGAGGGAGCGCGUCAAGUCUGCCGGCUUCUGGAUUAUACACCCAUACAGCGAUUUUAGAUUCUACUGGGAUCUGACUAUGCUGCUUCUGAUGGUGGGAAACCUCAUCAUCAUCCCUGUGGGCAUCACCUUCUUCAAGGACGAGCACACGCCGCCCUGGAUUGUCUUCAACGUGGUCUCGGACACCUUCUUCCUUAUGGACCUGGUCCUCAACUUUCGCACCGGCAUCGUCAAAGAGGACAACACGGAGAUCGUCUUGGACCCGCAGAAGAUCAAGAUCAAGUACCUGAAGAGCUGGUUUGUGGUGGAUUUCAUCUCUUCAAUUCCUGUGGACUACAUCUUUCUCAUUGUAGAGACUCGCAUUGACUCCGAUUUUUACAAGACGGCCAGAGCCCUGAGGAUUGUGCGCUUCACCAAAAUCCUCAGUCUCCUGCGGCUGCUACGCCUCUCCAGACUCAUCCGCUACAUCCACCAGUGGGAGGAGGUUUUCCAUAUGACCUAUGACCUGGCCAGUGCCAUGGUGCGUAUUAUGAACCUGAUUGGUAUGAUGCUGCUUCUGUGUCACUGGGACGGCUGUCUGCAGUUUCUGGUUCCCAUGCUGCAGGACUUCCCUCCCGAUUGUUGGGUCACUCGAAACAAGAUGGUGAAUGACACGUGGGGUCAGCAAUAUUCUUACGCCCUCUUCAAAGCCAUGAGCCACAUGCUGUGCAUCGGCUACGGGCUGUACCCGCCAAUAGGAAUGGCCGACGUGUGGCUCACCAUCCUCAGCAUGAUUGUGGGCGCAACGUGCUUUGCCAUGUUUGUGGGGCACGCCACUGCCCUCAUUCAGUCUCUGGACUCCUCCAGGAGGCAGUACCAAGAAAAGUACAAACAGGUGGAGCAGUACAUGUCCUUCCACAAACUCCCCGCCGACAUGCGUCAGAGAAUCCACGAUUACUACGAGCACCGCUACCAGGGCAAGAUGUUCGAUGAGGAGAGCAUUUUGGAGGAGCUGAACGAACCACUGCGAGAGGAGAUCAUCAACUUUAACUGCCGUAAGCUUGUGGCCUCCAUGCCUCUGUUUGCCAACGCCGAUCCCAACUUCGUCACCUCCAUGCUGACCAAACUGCGCUUCGAGGUCUUCCAGCCGGGUGACUACAUCAUCAGAGAGGGAACCAUCGGCAAGAAAAUGUACUUCAUCCAGCACGGGGUCGUCAGCGUCCUGACCAAAAACAGCCAAGACACCAAGCUGUCAGAUGGCUCUUAUUUCGGAGAGAUUUGCCUCCUGACCCGAGGCAGAAGGACCGCUAGUGUGCGAGCAGAGAACUACUGCCGCCUCUACUCUCUGUCAGUGGACAACUUCAACGAGGUGCUGGAGGAGUAUCCCAUGAUGAGAAGAGCCUUUGAGACAGUGGCCCUCGACCGACUAGACCGCAUCGGGAAGAGGAACUCCGUUCUUCGGCAUAAAGUCCAACAUCACCAAAGUUCUGGCACAUUAAAUCUCCAUGAGAGUGAGAUCAUCCAAAGAAUAGUGCAGCAUGACCGCGACAUGGCCGAGUGCACGCGACUGAUCCAGACCAGCAACGCGCAGAUCUUAAACAUCCCACCUGCUCCCUCAUCUCCCACCCCGGUCAUCUGGGCCCCUCUUGUUCAGGCUCCGCUCCAGGCCGCUGCAGCCACUACGCCGCUGGCACUGGCAUUAGCUCACCGCUCGCAGCUGCCCCCUAUCCUCUUUCAUCAUCCUCUGCUCCCAAGCUCCCUGAAAGACCCCAUCGGCCAACCAAAGAGAGUCCACACUGCAGCGCUCCCAUCUAGCAUCUGUGGGUCAGUGCCCAGUUCUCCUGGGGGUUCAACCAAAUUCCGCACUGAGGUUGAAACUCCCACUCUGGCCUCCAUCAGAGCACCAUAUCCCUUGCCUACUCUGACGUCCCAGCCCAUCUUCACCAGCAGUCUGGAGCCACUGGCCCCUCCCACUCAGCCGGCCCACAAUCCUCCUCACUCUGGCAUGGCCUCAGUCUUCCCCGUCAGCCAGGCAGCCGUCUCCUAUACUUGCGCCGCUCAGCUCCACCCGCAGCCUUACCACGGCGCGAUGACCACCCCGGCCCAUCCGUUCAGUUUGCUCCAACAGGCGGAGACGGCGAGGCUGGCGGGGAGAUUCCCGGCACCCUCCUCUUGUGCCAUAAAUCCUCUAAUCUCCAGCUCUGUCAACCCGAUUCUAAGCCAGCUACAGCAGAGCUCUCACGCCAUCACGCAGCAGAUGGGGUCCUGUCAUGGCAGCGCAGGCAAGAUCGCCAGCAGUCUGAACUUCCCACAGUUUCCCAUCAUCACCGGCACACAGUCCUCCAGUAGGGCAUCUGCGGGCGGAGUCGGGGCCGCAGGAUCUCUUGCGCAGCACAGCCUGGCUGGCCUCCAUUCGAUUUUCCUGCCACAGGUUCUUCCCGAGCAGUCCGCCCUUGGUUCCCUGAUGCAGUACGGUUCCGCGGAAGCCUCACCUUGCUACACGCCUCCUCUCCACAGCCCCAGCUUACAAAGUCCUGUGAGGGGAAGGACAGUUUACCAAAGCGAGCCCCCCGGGCCCAAGGACUCUCACAAUCCCCUUACUGUUCAGACCUCGUGCCCGGCUAGGGUGGGAUGCACCAUCAGGGAGAGCAGCGAGUCACCAGCCGAGCUCUAUAGACAGCAAAUAAAGACCAUCUCAGGCUCUUACAGCUCUUUGCACCACAUACAAGACAGACCUUUCACCUCAGAGGAGGAAACAAGUCCCUUCUCCUUCCCUGUCGCAGCCAGUAAACCCCAGGUCACGAUUCCAGGUCACACCAGUGCUGUCACCUGGACGUAUUCAGGACUUGAACCUCAGAAGCAGUUUCUCGCUGUGAACUCCAAAAUGUUAGAGAGCCAACCCAACCAGGCUAAACUUCCCUCCAGUUUGUGAGGCUGAGACAUGCCCUCCUUUCAUGAAUACAACUGAAUACUCUCUUCCUUGGCAUCCCUUUUUACCCCUACUUUGCGCCUUUAAACGUAGGAGGAUGCGUGAUUCUUAAUUGAUUGGAAAAUGUUUACCACAGAAUGUAUGGAUUACAGGUAUGGACAAUUUCAACACCGCUUAUCCUGGUUAGGGUCGCGGGGCGCUGGAGCCUAUUCCAGCUGACUUCGGGCGAAAGCGGACUACACCCUGAACUGGUCGCCAGUCAGUCGCAGGGCACAUAUAGACACGGACAACCAUUCGCACUCACAUCGUCACUGAGUGGGAACUGAACCAAAGUCAGGACGAGUCUACCACUAGCAUGGACAAUUUCAAUAGCAUAUUUCUCCUUUGAAAAUAGUAAUAAAAGCCACUUUGUUGUUUUUAUUCACUUCAUGAAAAUAUAAAUUCAUGAAGUUAUCUCUUACACAACAAUAUACACAAAAUGUGAUUAUUUCAGCUGUUUAACCGUGUAUUCCUAGCAACCUUUUGUCUUCCUUUCAGGUUUAAUGAAACCAAAAAAACGCUUCGUCCCCUCUUCUCAGCUAAAAAUGCAAAGUUACACUAAAGAAGACUUGAGGGCCUCUGGUGCAUUUUGGUUGUUUUCAAACCACAUAAAACGUUGGCAUCGCCAGCAGUAGACAUGGGCCGGUUACCAGUUUCAAGGUAAACCGCGGUUUCAAAAAGUCACAGUUUCAAAAAGCACCUAUGAGCUUAUGAGGUGUUGCAAAGUGACACGACCCCUCCCCCUCCUGUUGUUGGUGUGGCCAGUCAGUGAGAGUACCCCAGCUCGAUAAAGGCAUUUAAGAGCACGCCUUUGACAAAUUCAAGAUAACGUUAAUAAAUAACUAUGAAUGUGUCUUGAAUUGAACGUUUGCAACCAGCUACAAGAGUUAGUAUUUCUACAAUUGGUAAAAUAAAUAUUGGUACUAUAGACUUGCUACCGAGGCAGAUAACCAGGUAACAAGCAUGGCUGACAUCAGUUAGUUUUCGUUGUAAUGUGACUUCUCAAAGCAGAAAAGAUUAGAGAAGUAGCUUCUCGUUUUCUGAAAAAUAAGAGCUUUUACUGUUGCAUUAUUUUGAUUUUAGUGAUAAAAAAAACAAAAAACUGUUGUACCUACAGCGUGCAUUCAAUGGAAAAAAAGUUGAUCUCACCCAAUUAUUUCAAAAUAUUUCAUUUUAGAGCUGUAAUUGCAACACUUUGAAACCGUGACAUUUUUGCUCACAGUUAUCAUGACGUCAGAAUCUGAUACCGGCCCAAGCCUAGCCAGCAGAAAGUCAAACGUUUUUCACGGUGGAUGUUGGACUUCACCAAGGAUUUGUAGAAUUCACAUAAAGAAUUUCUAGGCAAAUAUAAGGGGUAUGCAAUGUCCAGAUUGGUGAGCAGAUGGUUUCACCUCUGCUAUUUGCGGAUGAUGUCUGACCUUCAGGGUUUUCGGGGAAAGUUUUCAAACAGGAUGAGACUCGGUACCUCCAAACUGGAGGCCAUGGUACUCAGUCGUAAAAGGCUGGAUUUCCGCCUGUGAAUUGGGAGAAAGGUCCUGCCUCAGACGGAGGAGGUCCAAGUCUUGUUCAUGAGAGAGAACAAGCUGGUUCCUGAGAUCGAUAGGCCAACAUGCGGUCUAUGUACCAAACUGUCAUGGUAAGGAGGGAGUUGAGCCAACAGGCGAAUCUCUCAAUUUGCCUGUCCAUCUACGUUUCCUCCAUAACCUAUGGUCACGAGCUCUGGGUAGUGACUGAAAGCUAAGCCAUGCUUUUUGUAAAGCUCGGUCAUCACCGAACCGCCUAAUACGGACUGCUCGGUCCCUGUACGACCGGUGUCAGCGUGUGGUCCACUUUGUCUGCAGCACUGUAAGUCAGGUUUGUUUCCAGUGAGGGAUGGACAUCGAUUCUGUUCAGAUGAUGUGGUUCUGUUGGCUCCGUCAAGCUGCCAUCUUCAAUUCUUUCUGGAGUGGUUCUUAGCUUAUUGUGAAGCAGCUGGGAUGAGAAUCAGCACCUCCAAAUCUGAGACCAUGGUCCUCAGUUGGAAAAGAGUUGCAUGCCCUAUCCGGGUCGGGGAUGAGCUCCUGCCCCAAGUGCAGGAAUUCAAGUGCUCUUGAUGUCUUGUUCAUGAGUGAGGGGGGGAAAGGAGCGGGAUCAGCAAGGCAGAUCGGUGCAGCGUCUGCAGUGAUGCGGACUCUGUAUUGGUCUGUCGUGGUACAGAAGAAUCAAUUUACUGAUUGAUCUACGUUCGUACUCUCAGCUAUGGUCACAAGCUUUUGAGUCAAGAGCAAGAUCACGGAUACAAGAGGCUGAACUGAGUUUCCUUCUAAGGGUGUCCGUACUCUCCCUUGGAGAUUGCAUGAAAAGCUCGGUCAUCAGAGAGGGUCUCGGUGUAGAGCCACCGCUCCUCCACAUCGAACAACUACCUGGGAAUGCCAUUGUGCUCCUUAGGUGGAGGUAGGGGAGGUGGCCAAAGAUAGGUAAGUCUGAGCUUCCCUGUUGAGACCGCUGCCCUCGCAAAGAAAUUCGAUGAAAGUGGUUUCUCUCGUUUCAAGUCCGUAUGUCUUCCAAGUUGCUUCAGCAAUAUCGCACGGCCGAACGGGGCACACAAACCCGAUCAUAUUUGUAAAACUAGCGAAUGUAAUGUUUGUCUACCUGGGUGGACCGUGUAGAUCAUCAGGAAGAUUAUCCUGUGUGAAAGAGGCAGCGUGGCUCUCACUUCUCUGUUCUAUUGCAACCUUUCUGAGGACAGCUAAGCCAUGCUUUUUGUAUAACCACUCUGUCUUUUAUGGCCGCGAGCAAGUACUGUGAAUCAAAGCACUUGAGUCAGAUUGUGUUAAUUGUUUAGUAUGGAUUAAAGGCAACGAAUCAAUGGUACAUUUGAGGAACGACAUGGUGAAAUGUGACUGUUUCUUGCACCACUCAAAGGGCUACAAGCAAUUACUCGGAUGUAAUAAACAAGAAACCCCCGAAGGGUCACAUUGCUGCACAUUUACAUCUUUCACUGCAUCUCAUGCAGUCAAUACUGACCGAAUCCUUCACGUUGAUUAGUCGCACCUUGCCGUUAAAGAAUCACAAUCCAUCGUAUCCUGGCGUCAUUUAGCUACAUGGUUUGUGGAUCUUGAGGAUGAGUUCUGCUGCGACCGAGUGAUGUUUUGGGUCACCAAGCUGCCUCCGCCGGUGGUCUCGAUCAAUCCCUCAUUACUAUUCUCCUCCAAGCCCGCAGCACCAGAGGCAUCAGUCCGGCUUGACUAGAAGGUAACUGUGGCUGCAAGGUGUGCGUUUUCAUAGGAAGGACAGUCAUCGAUUUCUAUAUAUUCAUUGUUCUUUUUGAUGCCUUUGAAAUCUGAGAAUUCUGUCUCCUGUGUACAGUAUGUGAGCUAUAUUUUAAUAUAUUAGGUAUGGAAUUCAGUGCAAUAAAUGAAG